CCUUUGAAACCGAGCUCAUAUCACUCUGGCAUCUUUUUUCUCCCCGGUUUCCGCUCUUCGUCAACCACUUUUCCUCAAUAAUGUCUGGCACUUCGCAGUUUGUAAUACUCCUCUGCGCCGCAUUUCGGCUCUCCGGUUCCUGGGUCAUUAGAACGGAUGUGCUGGACAUCGAGGCGGUUGACACUAACGACCUACGUGAAACCAGACGAGAACGCUUGAAUUUGAUCUUCCCUGGUACCAAGUGGUGCGGGAGUGGUAACGUUGCUGAAAAUUAUGAAGACCUUGGUACCUUCGCUGAGUCCGAUGCUUGCUGCCGUACUCACGAUCAUUGCGAGGACAUCGUCGAAGCAAUGCAGACUAAAUUCAAUUUAACCAAUCCGUCGUUUUAUACAAGGGUGCACUGUUCCUGCGAUGAGAAAUUUUACGACUGUCUUCACGGUUCUCCGGACGAAAUUGGCGACAAGGUGGGAAUCUUGUACUUUAGUUUCCUGGGCACCAAGUGUUUCCGUAACGAUUAUCCGAUCGUCGGCUGCAAGCGUUACCAUCCGUACCCGAAACGUUGCCUCGAAUACGAGCUGGACGAGAGCCAACCUAUGAUGUACCAGUGGUUUGACGUCCCUCUGUACUGACACAAGCGGGGAUGAGAAAAAUCCCGUCUACUUGACCUCCGGACGGACCUUUUCACAGCCUCACGUUUCUUUG